CCGCCCCGAAAAACGUCUUGGCUGGAGCCUCCGUUCUUCGUUCUUCCCCCUCCAAGAUGGAGGCCUUAGGGGGCUACCCGGCCAAGUCCUCUAACCCAAAAGCGAAGAAGUUGACGGUCCUGCUCAGCAUGACAGUCGGCGUGGGUUGUUUGUUCCUCCUGCAGACGCAGCUGGUGAAGCCCAGAAAACCUCAGGAUUUUUAUUCGUUCGAGGUCAAAGACGCGAAGGGGAGAACGGUUCCUUUGGGGAAGUACCGAGGAAAAGCGUCUUUGGUUGUAAACGUGGCGAGUCACUGCGAGCACACGGAGACGAACUACAGGUCUCUGCAGGAGCUCCACAGGGAACUGGGCACCUCUCACUUUAACGUUCUGGCCUUUCCCUGCGGUCAGUUCGGGGACACGGAGACCGGGACCAGCCGAGACAUCGAGGCUUUCGCCAAGUCCACCUACGGCGUUACUUUCCCUUUCUUCAGCAGGAUCAAAAUAAUGGGCUCAGAGGCAGACCCUGCCUUCAGGUUCCUCACAGAUUCUGUGCAGAAACUCCCCAAGUGGAACUUCUGGAAGUUUCUGGUGAACCCAGAAGGGAAAGUGGUCCGCUUCUGGCGAACAGAUGAGUCCAUGGAGAGCGUCAGGCAAGAGGUGGCGACGUUGGUGCGAGAAAUCAUCCUGAAGAAGCGGCAGGAGCUUUGAUGGAAAGCUUACAUCAACACAUACUGAACACAAAUCUAUGUGGUGUCCGUGUUUCCAGCAGAGGACUGACUGAACUCUGAACUGUUACAGUGAGUGUGGUCAGGAGAUGUCUCGCUCCAGGAACAGGCAGGAUUAAAAAAAAAAAAAAAAGAUCCAGUAGUUUUAGCCUUCAAGUCAAUGAACAGUCACUCACAGCUAGUCACCAUGUGUGAGUCUGUGUUUGCAUGUGAAAGGGGAUCAUCCUGAGGUUGACAAUCAUUGAUGAACAUUCCUGACAAAGACCACUGCUGCAGCUGAAGGAUUGUUAAGCCAUCAAAGUGGAUUUUUAUAAAUGUUCAGUUAGAAUUGAGUCUCUCCUUCAUACCAACUCUUUAUAAUGUUUACAUCACAAAUAUUUCUUAAGGAGUAGUAUUAGAUUUUGUCCUGUUUUCACUGAUUUGAGCCCAGGAAACUUUCCAUCCUACAUUAAAACAAGUUUGUUGAUUUAUACUGUUUUCUUUUCUGUAAUAAAUUACUUAAAUGCAUUAAUUGAUUAUCAAAACCUGUCGGGAGCAAUUAAACAGCUGACAACUA